AUGGAGGAGGGAGACAGCGGCAGAAUUCCGGUGAUCAAGAUAAAAAUCCCAAAGAAGGCGGGAGAGGAAGAGGGUGUUCCGAGCCACUACUGCAAGGAAUGCGACCGGAGCUUCAGCUCGGGGAAGGCGCUGGGAGGGCACAUGAGCUCCGCGCAUGUUCAAGCUAACAAGGAGUACUCGAUGAGGAAGGCGAUGAGCUUCAACUCCAAAUCCAAAUCAUCGUCGCCUGGAUCUCCUUGCUGCUCCUGCAAGAUCUGCGGCAAGGCUUUCCAGUCGCAGAAAUCCCUCUUCGGCCACAUGCGCUGCCACCCCGACCGGGACUGGCGCGGGAUGGAGCCGCCGCGGGAGGAGCUAGGGUUUUUGAGUGGGAAGGCGUGGCCCACUUGCAAGAGGGGGCGCCCGGCGUUGGACAAGGAGAAGGACAAGGUGGAGGAUGAGGUGGAGGAGAUGUUCAAGGUGGCGGUGCAGGUGCUGGCCACCGGGAAGAUGGAGAGGGACUACAAGUGCGAUACGUGUGGGAAGGUUUUCAGGAGCCACGAGGCCCUCGGAGGGCACCGGGCCAGCCACAACAAGUUCAAGAUGAUUAUCGUCAACACGAGCACCCGCCAUCUCGAGCCCAAGAAGAUGCCAAGGACCAAGAAGAUGAUGAUGAUGAUGACUAAGCCUGAUUUUGUCACUAGUGAUCCUGGUCCUAGUGAUGAUCAUGUUGAUGGUGAUGGCGAUUCGGCCUCGGCCUCACCCUCCACCAUCAGUCCUACCUCAGCCUCGGGUUUUCUCUUUGAUAUCGAUCUCAACAUGGCUCCUCCCGAGGAGGAGGAGGACAAGGGCGUGGAGGAGUCUUCGAAUGAUAGGCGGUAA